AUGGAGGCUGUUCUAAUGCAAUGCCAUCUAUCGCUGGGCUUGGUAUACACUUUUCCAACAGCAAUAAUGCUUUCCUGCAAGACGUUCCUCCGACUGUUCACCGUGGCGGUCGCCCUCUCCGAUUUCUCCGCUCAUGCCGGUAGUGUUCGUGCGGUCGAGUGCGAGGUGGCUAGCGACGUGAUUACCCCAGAUGCAGCCGUCCCGACCACUUCGUACACCAAAAGUAGCAGCUCGAAUACACCAGAAUCAGGGGCUCAAGGCUAUACUCCGACCACAGUCGAAGGCCAGUUUGCUUCCUACCAAAACGGCGCCGUCGCUACUGGAGGCGAUGGCUUAGUCGGUAGUGGCCACGCUCCUAGUCUACUAAUGGGCAACGGUGGAGCUUUAGACUCAGGCGUUGUCAACGGUGACGCCACCUCCACCUCAAACGAAGCCGGCGUCGCUACUACCACCGUCAAUAGUGGGGUCAUCACCAGCACUGACGUUGGUACCACCGCGCUCUGGAACGGCGACGAUAUCGUCACCACAACGGAUGGGGACAUCGCUACGACCGCGAACGGUGACAUCGUUCAUCUCACUAACGGAGGUGAUACGGUCACCACCACAAACGGGGCCAUCCCCACUCUCUCGAAUGGAGAUGAUGUAGUCACCACCACAAAUGCUGGUAUCCCGGUGCCCUCAAACGGAGCUGGCACCGCCACCGGUGCUUACGGUGACAUCCCUGCUGGAGCAUACGCUUCCACUGGAGAGAGCGCAUAUACUCCUACCAGCUAUGCCGGUGAGAGCGGCUACACUCCUCCCAAUAGCCACGCCGGUGAGAGUGGCUAUAACGCUCCUACCAACUACGGCAACAGUGAAUCGGCGUACGCCGUCGGUACGCCACGUCCGUACUCGGACAACGAUCAGAAUGGAAACUAUUACAGCAACGAGAACGGAGGCACGGAGCCGGGCGCUUAUGGUAGCUCCACGCCAGGAAAUUACGAAGGUGGUGUUGACGCCGAUACAAGUGUGCCCUGCAGCACGACGGGCAGCGAAGCGGGUGGUGUCUACUCUAGUGUAUCUGGCAGCGUCGAUACAAGCUUGCCGUGUAGCUCGAAGGGGAGCGCAGGUAGCGAUAACGAUUCCAGUUCAUCCGGCAGCCUCGACGGCAGUGAGAGCGGAAGUGUCGACGCAAGCUUGUCCGGCAGCACGUCGGACAGUGCUAGUGCAAGCGAAUCCGGAAGUGAGGGCCCGACGAUCACAGAUAUCGUUCCUGUGAUCACUGACAUCGUCCCUGUCAUCACUGACAUUGUUCCGGUCAUCACCGACAUCGUUCCGGUCAUCACGGACAUCGUCCCUGUCAUCACGGAUAUUGUUCCUGUCAUCACCGACAUCGUUCCUGUCAUCACGGAUAUUGUUCCGGUCAUUACGGAUAUCGUUCCGGUCAUUACGGAUAUUGUUCCUGUCAUCACCGACAUCGUUCCUGUGAUCACCGAUAUUGUUCCGGUCAUUACGGAUAUCGUUCCUGUGAUUACUGACAUCGUUCCUGUCAUCACGGACAUCGUUCCGGUCAUAACUGAUAUCGUUCCUGUGAUCACCGACAUCGUUCCUGUGAUCACCGAUAUCGUUCCUAUCAUCACCGAUAUUGUUCCUGUCAUCACCGACAUCGUUCCUGUGAUCUCGGAUAUUGUUCCUGUGAUCACCGACAUCGUUCCUGUGAUCUCGGAUAUUGUCCCUGUGAUCUCGGAUAUUGUUCCGAUAAUCACCGACAUUAUACCGACAUUGCCUCCUUUAAUUCCGACAUUGCCUCCUCUAAUCCCGACGCUGCCUCCUGUUGUUCCGACAUUGCCUUCGCUUAUCCCGACGCUGCCUCCGGUUAUCCCGACAUUGCCUCUACUUCCGAACCUAUUCGGACGUCGUCUGCGCGAAAACGUUUAG